CUGUUUUCGUCUACCUAAAGUGUUAAACCCUAGUGCCAUCGUCUGAACUUAAAAAAAAGAAGCAGCGCCAAUUUUUCAAUGGCUCAUCGACGGUGCCUCCGAUCAUUUGUCCGCCAAGCGACGGCUCUCAUUUCUCUAAGAAAUCCACCGCCACUCUCCACCCUUGAAAUCCUAUCCCCAAAGCCAAAUCCGGUAAAAACAACUUCCAAUUUGGAACCCACAUGGUUUACUGCCUGGUCUCACUUUCGUCACUUCUCGUCCAGCAGAAGCGAAAACAGCGAGGAAGAAGUGGAAAUGGAAGAGAGCAGCGACGGAGAAGCUGAGAACGACGAGGUGUCGGUGGAUUUGGAUAGAGAUUACUCGCCUGAAGAGAAGGAAGCUGAGGCCGCGGCUAUUGGAUACAAAGUAGUGGGCCCGCUCCAGCGGUCCGAUAGGGUAUUCAAAGACUAUGAGCCAGUUUUCGCAGUGGUUCAGAUUGGGUCGCAUCAGUUUAAGGUGAGCAAUGGGGAUUCCAUUUUCACGGAGAGGUUGAAAUUCUGCGAAGUCAAUGACAAGCUGACAUUGAACAGGUUCUUUCUGGGAUCACCUACACAAACAAUUAUUGGAAGGCCUAUACUCCCAGAUGCAGCUGUACAUGCUGUUGUCGAGGAGCACGCAUUAGAUGCUAAGGUGAUUAUUUUUAAGAAAAAGAGACGAAAGAAUUACCGCCGAACCAAAGGACAUCGCCAGGAACUGACUAAGUUGAGAAUAACAGAUAUACAAGGAAUUGAAAAUCCAGAAAUCAAAACUGAUGGGAAGCCAUUAAAGGCAGCCACUAAGAAACCAGAGAAGUUGCUACUACUGCUUAAAUAUAUAUUCUCCCCAAGGCUUUGUUUUGCAAAAUAAUGGCUAUUGUUUUGGAUCUUGAGGUAAUGCAAUCUUAUACAACGGGUGAGUGUCUUCUUGAUUUGAUCAAUGUACAUUUUUUUGGACGUCCUGUGAAGCAUUGGAUUUGUUCACCUGUGCUUAUAAGCACCAAGUGAGAAAAGUAUGCCUCAUGCUAAAUAUUUGUGCUAUUGUAUUUCUGGUUCCUUUCUUUGUAGUAAGUAACCCAGUAAAGUCCACCAACUUUUGGUUGACACAAUUUUUGCUUCCCGACUGAUUAAUUAUUUCCAACCUUUUUUU